AUGGGUGUGACUAAGAAACUGCCCGUUAUUGGUCAGGCGAUGUUGAAGCGUGGGGCCAAGAGGGCCAUGAAGGCAAAGUUAUCAUUUCAAGAUGAACUUGUGGAGGAUGCACCAGCACCAAAUCGGGAAAAGACUGUGAAUCGGGUAGUUGAAGGAUUUCCAGUAUAUAUCACCAAAAAGCAAAUUUCCGAAAAAACACAGCCACUAAAUGAAUCAUCAGAUAUUAGUUCAGAACGACAAUACAUACUAGCCAAUUUUAAACGAUUUGUGCCGAUAAUUCUACUGGAAUUAUCACCAUUACCAGGGUAUCUGAAGGAUUCAUUAGUUGAAAUCUUCCAUUUAUAUUUAUACGUGUUGCGCUAUAUGAAAACUUCGAGUACCUUCUGGAAAGUUGUUUCUUAUUCCCCAUACAAGAAGCAAUUUGGUCGAAUUCUUAAUAAAUUAAUUACUGAGCGUUCAAGUAUUGAUGAAAACUUUAUAGAAUCUGGCAAUACAAUCUCCCAAUCGAAGAACAAAGCUCCAAGAAGGAUAAUAAAGAAGUUUGAACCGAAUCGUGCCGUGUUAACAAAAUUGGGCAUUAAAUUAAAACUAGACAUUAACAACAACACCAAGCCCAACACCAAAUAA